UGAAACCGUAUCUCUUCGCUUAUCUACAUGCAUGCGUAACUAUAUAUACACAAACUUAUCUUAAUUUUGUUGUUUACUACAACGAAACACAAACAUCUUGACAAGAACUCAACUCUUUGUUCUCAAGCAUUGUUCAAUAAACCUUUUUUAUUUUUUUCAUUUUGGUGUAAGACUUGAAAAAGGAAAAUCAGAUAACUAUCAUUGACGAAAAGAAAAAAGAUGAGCAUUCACGAUGGUAGUCUCAUUUGGACAACGAACGAAGAUGUUGUUGAAGGAGUUUCAAGAUCCUCUGCAAAAGAUCCAUCUGAUUCAACAGAGGACGCCUCCUCUUCUUUUUCUUCAAAUGGGGCUUUUGACGAUUUAUCAGACCUCAUCUCUCAGCUACCGACCAUCCACGAGAAGAAAGGACUUUCAAAGUAUUACAAAGGCAAAUCUCAGUCAUUCACAUCUCUAGCAAAGGUAACAUGCCUUACCGAUCUUGUCAAGAGAAGACCAAGAAUGAAGAUAUGCAGGAGCUCUGGAGGGCAUUUGGAUCAAACCUGCAAAAGGCUAUAUCGAACCAACGCUACAAUCUCCAUGAAAGCCACAAGAACAGCAUCUUCAACUCGUUCCAAUUCAAGAUUAAUUAACCUUGAACCAUUUCAUGAUUCAACUACAUUAAGUUCAAUGACAUGACAAUAAACUUUCCGGUUCAGUGUAACAGUGUAAUCAUUUGUAUACAAGGUCGCCCAAGAUAAAUGAAAAUAAAAGAUAAUUUAGAGUUAAA